CUUGAACUGAAGCGUAGUGUCCCAUUCCAUUCAUAUUAACUCGUACAGAGAACCCAGAUUUUACUUAUCAUUAAGUAAACGCAGAUCCUUUAAAGAGCGAAAAUGAAAGGGUAUAAAGAAGAUACAAAAAAGGAAGAAAUCUCGUAAAAUAUAGCAGCAGCAGCAGCAGAAGAAGAAGAAGAAGAAGAAGAAGAAAAGAAAAGAAAGAAAACACAGAGCGGACGGUAUAUCAUUCAGUUCAGUCUCCUAGUGUAGCGGGGUUGUGUUAAUCUCGCUAUGCCUUUAUUCCAUACGCUAAACUAUGGGUUUUUUCUCGUGUUUCUGGUCCUAUGUGGAAUUCGAGAGAGAGUGGAGAGUCAGAGUCAAUGUAAGGAAGAUUGCCGAGCGCUUCGCCUGAACGGCGCCUGGAUUCCCUACGGCGAGGGUCCGCUCUCCGUGUGGUGGUGGCCGGUCACGCCCUCGGAGAAGCUGCUGGUCUCGGGGCCGGAGAUCAACGGUGAGGUCGUUGCAGGGACGCCUCAUCGCUGGCACGAACUCCUCAUGGACAGAAAGAGGUUAAAGUACUGCCUGACUGCCUCUUCAUUCUUGCCGGGGAGACUGUGCAGUACCGAGAAGGACUUCCUCUAUGUGUAUGGCGGCCGGCCAACCUUCUUCUCAUUCGACUGCACUCAGUAUCCGUGUGCAAUACCUUGUUCAAACAACUCAACGGACGAUUGCAACGAAACGUCAUUGUCAACAGAGUGCUCCAUUCAACGCCUAUACGGGGUGUAUGUCCCCCUUGACAAAGCUGCCACCAGUGUGUUUUGGUGGCCUGGAUCUGCCGAUACACUGGGCGUGGAAGGGCCGACUAUUGACCUGUACCACCCUGUAGAAUCGGUGCAAAACCAGUGGCACCACAUCAUCAUCAUGGGCCAUGAAGGGGCGUCGGCCGUUCUCCCGUGUGGCAUCAACAGCGAAAGUCUCAACCUGUCUCUCCCCUGCGCUGAAGACCCCGGCGACGACUACGACGAAUUCACCACGAGCAGGAUGUUCGUGGGAAGUUACCGAAGGCGCGCGAUGACGUCGUCUUAUUGGGCCCUUGGAUGUGACGUCACUCCUGCCUGGUGCCCGGACAGUACAAAGUGUACGAUUCCAACCAGAAAAGAGAAAAAGGAAGUACAGUGGUGGAUGAAGCUGGUAGUAGCUGUGGAGGUUGUCCUUCUAGCCCUGGGUCUUCUGUGGCUCGGGAACGGCAUACUCUUUCAAGUCCGCAGGAAACGGAGCCAGAAGACAGCGUCCAGCAGGCAACAGCACCCACAUGGUGGUAACGAAAAACAAGAGACCAAGUGCUUAUAGAGGGGUGACGAACCUCGCUGUGUGCGCAAAGGCUGCAGCUGAAAUAGUAGUAAUAAUACUCGCGUUGAUAAAAGGAGCAGCAAAAGUACAAUUGGUACAGGAUUUUAUUCGAAGCGAGUGUUGCGUUCUCCACCUCGUUCUUAAUGGUUUACACGUAUCUUAAGCCUUUGUCUUGAAGAGUAAAAAGUACUUUCUGACCUUGUUCCUUACGUUUUCUGGUCACUAAAUGAACAAAGAUAUUCAAACGUAAAAAUUUGUGAAAAUAAAACCAAACAAAAACUCU